AAUUAGUGAAUUUCAAAACACAAAUACAUUUAGACAGCAAGGACAAAGUGAUAAAUACACAUUUUACAAGCAAAUAACUGAAGUUAAAAAAUGGCGCGCGUUGGAAAAAGAAAAAACCUCAGCUGCAUACAAUGGACCUUAGUGAUCAUCUUCGUAAUCUAUUGGCUGAUCUUCUUUCCAAUAGUUUGGUUUGUCAUACAACCGCCGGCAUUCCAGACGAGCACUACCGCAACCCUACUUUAUGCGCUGCUCUUCUUCGCGAUUUUCGUCCUCAUAUAUUGCAUCGUUUACUGUUGUCUCAAGCGUUGCGAGCAAAAGCGCGUCCAAGAGCAUAACAUGAAGAAAGUAAAGGAGGCUUUCCCACCGUUGGAAGACGACCUAGAGAGACCAGAGUGUCUGAAAACCGCCAAUAUUUCGAGAAAAGAACGUCCGACUAGUAAACGUGUGCUGAUACCGAAAGUGCCAGAAGCUGAGCAAUAUAAAGAUGCUAUGCUGUAUACGAAAGGCGAUUCAAAUCGCGAUAGUGCAGUUACGAUAAUGUUAUAUGUUGAUGAUAGGGCGGAAGAAAAAACGAGGUUCGUAAGCAAACAAGAACUAUACUUUAAUGGCGAGCAGUUUCUUAAUACUGAGGAUAAGCGAGAGUGUGGUCAUGCAUGUGACUAAGUGGCAAGGUUACAUUUAAUGUAAAAAUGCAAUUCGCCGUGUUUUCAAAGAAGUAUACUAAAUUUCAUUUGAAAAAAUAUUAAUGACAAAUAAAUUUUUAAAUUCUCUCAUAGUACACGAUGUGUUUCUAAGC